CUCAGUCCUGACAGACAUGUCCAGGACUCAGUGUGGACAUGUAAGGAAGCCUCUGGACGUGUUUUUCUGGCUAAAUGAAGUGACAGGAGAAGUCACCUACCCCCUCCUUAAGGUAGAGGCACCAGCAGCUUCUCCCGAGAGCCCCGGGGAGAGGCCCAGGUCUCAGUGUGUGAGAGCCGUGGGCCCACCCGCAGCACCUGCGCUGGGGGCUGCACCUCUGUCCCCUCUCGAGGCCUCCCUGAGCCAUCAGGGCUUCAGAAACUCCCUGGUGUGUCCUCCGCCCCCCGGUCUGAGGAAAGCCAGGCCAUGGAGCCCUCCGCCCUUUACAGCAAGUCCCAGCAGCCUCUCACCGCCAGGGCUCGCUCUUCCCGCCUCCCACCCCGUGGACCCGGCUCUGGGGCUUCCUGCCUGCACCUUCCCCCCCAGUCCCUCUGCGCCCUGGGACUUCACCUGCAAGCUGAAAAAUGCCCUGACUGGGAAUAACCGCUUUUCCUUUUGAACCUGAGCGGACCCGCCUGGCCCACCCUGGAGGCCUGAGCCCCUGCCACCCGCAUCCUCUGCCCAAUAGAGGUGAUUCUCCAGGCCCCA